AUGAUCAACACACUAUACACCCGAAUUAUAGAAGAAUCUAAGAAAUGUGAUGGCACAUGGACAUUAUCAUUCCUUACAUCUGUUCAGACAGCUGUUCUUAGACUUCCUCUUAACUUCUACCACAAACUCAUAAAUCAGCUUAUUGAUUAUAUCAUGGAUAAAGAAACUACUGACUUGCAGAGAUUUAAGAUCGCCCAACUUCUGAAUUCUAUUAAAUUCCAGAAGAAAGGCCAAAUGCAAGAAAUUUUUCAAGAGAGAAUGAAUGAGAUUAACUCUUUUUGCGAUUCCCUAGAUAACUCAUAUCUUAACUCUCCUACAAAGAAACUAUUACUAUGUGUGUGCGCAGAACCAAUUCAAAAAUCAAAGAAUUUAAGGUAUAAGGCUAAUUCCACUGAGCCAAUCAUACCAGAGCACACUCUUGCUAGACUUCUUGAUAACCAUGUUCGCUUAUAA